AUUACGGAUCGUACAUCAGAGGGAAAGUUAGCUGGCCUAGUCAAGUACGAAGUCGCGAUCGCUGGUCAAGUUGCUAUUAUAGUGCGGACUAUCUGUAUAGUAUUUAUGUGAAGUGCUGUAUCCGCUGUUAAUUUGAGUGGAGAGAGUGGACUAGGUAUUGUCUACCAUUGAAAUCAGAUUGUGGCAAAACUAAAGACGCCUUUUUCCCGUUCACAAACCGGGUCGGCUCAUCAUCAAAAGCCUUAUCUGGAUGCAGUCGUCAGGCUUUCAAAUCACCAUCCAGAGUAUCAAGCCGCCCUUGUUUCAGCCGGCUUUUUCGUCGCCUCUCUCGCAUCUUCGCUGGUCAUGUAAUUCGCGCUAACGAGAAUUCACUUACAUCGAAGUUAAUGGUAAACGACCAAAAGCCCGGUUCCAACUACUGUAGCUUGAUACCCUGGUUGGGAUUACAAUGGAGCAACCGAUCACGACGAGUCAUCCUCGCAUGUGAACAAGAUAAAAGUUAAAAAGAAGGAAAAGAAAAUGAUCAUAAACACGAAUUGAUUACCCUUAUGGCUUCAUCAAACUCACCCUCAACAUUUCCUGCUUACUUAAAUGAAGAAUUCUUCAAAAAGUGUUUAGCGAAUAGUUUGGGCGAACAUGAAACCAAGAUUAACGAUGUGAAAAUGACAAUGGGUUCUGGGCUGGGUGAUAACUACACAAGCUUCAUUUACCGUGCAUUCAUCAACUACUCAGAUUCCCAUGGUGACAGCAAAUCAUUGUCUAUUAUCAUUAAAAGUAUACCAACUGAUGGAGACCGGGCGUUUCUUGAGGAAAUCGACGUCUACGCUAAGGAAAUUGAUAUCUACCUAAAAGUCCUACCCCUUAUGCAUGGCAUUUUGGAGGAAAGCAGAGUUGCGCCGAGAUGCUACUUCGCGGUUGAAAGUCCUAUUCGAACUAUUGUUUUCGAAGACCUUCGUGAAAAAGGUUUUUAUUUAGCUGAGCGACAACUUGGACUGAACGAGGAUCAUUGCAAAGUAGUGUUGAAUAAAAUGGCCAAAUUCCACGCCUCAUCUAUGGUCGCCCUGCGGAAGAUGCCAUCCAUUCGAGAAAGAUUCAAAGACGGAUUUUUCAAUAAAGAUGCUUUUGAGAGUGACAUCUUUCAGGCAUUUUUCCGGAAAAAUUUCAAACGUGGUGCCGAAAUUGUUACCGAAAUGCCAGGAUAUGAACACUUCGCUCCGAAACUAAUGAAUAUAUUUAAUAAUUUCUGCACUAAGGCUCAAGAGAGUAUAGCUUUUAAGGAAAAUAACUUAGUUGUGCUCAAUCAUGGUGAUCUUUGGUCAAGUAACAUAAUGUUUAAAUACGAUAAAGAAACUGGAACUCCAGUCGACGCCAUUUUUGUGGAUUAUCAAAUGUGCUACGUAAACAGUCUCGCACUGGAUUUGAACUACUUUUUCGUUACGAGCUCACAACCAGAUGUGCUAAGCAGGAAGAAGGAAUUUGUGGAAAAGUUUUAUUAUCCGGCAUUUGAAGAAGUCUUGAAAAACGUGGAUUUCGAAUCCAUUCCUACUUUAAAUGAGAUUUUUCAGGAAAUGGAGAAACGUGAAUUGUUUGCACUUUUUAAUUUAUUUGGAGAAUUGCCGAUUAUGUCACUAGCAAAGGAAGACAGUAUUACAAAUAAUUAUGCCGAAUUUGUAGAUGAGGAGAAAGCUAGUAAAGCAAGAAAUGCAGGAAUGUCAACAAAACGUUUUACAGAUAUGAUGCAAUAUGCUCUGAAAUAUUAUGAAAAGCUAAAAGUUCUGUAGUCAUACCAUUUAAUAACAAGUUCUCCUUCAUGAACUUAACAUUUAAUAACAAGUUCAUGAAGGAGGAAAUAAACUUAUAAACUAAA